ACACCAGCCUGUCACCUGCUGCAGGCCACCAUGGUCCGGCGUGUGGCUGUGAUUGGGGCUGGGGCUGGGGGCUUGGCCUCUAUCAAGUGCUGCCAGGAUGAGGGGCUGGAGCCCACGUGCUUCGAGAGCAGCGAGGACAUCGGCGGCGUCUGGCGCUACACGGACUCCACAGACAGCAGGAGGAUCACUGUGUACCGCUCAGUCAUCACCAACACCUCCAAGGAGAUGUCCUGCUUCAGUGACUUCCCCUUCCCCGAGGAUUUUCCCAACUACCUGCCCCACAGCCUGGUCCUGGAAUACCUCAGGAUGUACGCCCAGCACUUUGACCUGCUGCGGCACAUUCGCUUCCAGACAACAGUUCUCAGUGUGAGGAAGUGCCCGGAUUUCAGCGCCUCAGGCCGGUGGGAGGUGGUCACCGAGAGCCAUGGUGUCCGUGAGUCCCACGUCUUCGACGCUGUCAUGGUGUGCACCGGCCAUUACCAGGAGCCCUACUUGCCACUGGCUUCUUUCCCAGGCAUUGAAAGUUGCUUUAAAGGCCAGUAUCUGCACAGCUGGGAGUACAGGGACGUGCAGGCUUUCCGAGGGAAGCGUGUCCUGGUGCUUGGCAUCGGCAACACCGGCGGGGACCUCUCUGUGGAGCUGAGCCGAGUGGCUGCCAAGGUGUUCCUCAGCACCAGGAGCCACACGUGGGUCGUCAGCCGGGUCUCAGACCAGGGCUUCCCCGUGGACAUGGUCAGCACCACCCGCUUCAACUCCCUCCUGGACUGGCUUCUCCCAUCAGCCCUCACAAGGAGGAUCAAGUUUCGGAAGUUCAAUUCAUGGUUCAACCACACAAACUAUGGCUUGGCCUCCAGCAAAAGCUCCAAAUUUAAGAUAAUUAUCAAUGAAGAGCUGCCCUUCUGCCUCCUCUCUGGGGCUGUGGUGUUGAAGCCCAACGUGAAGGAGUUCACUGAAAGCUCUGCUGUUUUUGAAGACGGCACAACCGAAGAAAACAUUGACGUGGUGCUCUUUGCCACGGGCUACAACUUCUCCUUCCCCUUCCUGGAGGAGUCUGUUCGUGGCUCCAUCCACGACAACCGUUCCCUCUACAACUGCAUCUUCCCUCCCCAGCUGGAGCAGCCCACACUGGCCAUCAUUGGCCUGAUCCAGCUGACAGGCUCCAUCAUGGUGGGCUCAGAGAUGCAGGCUCGCUGGGUCACAGGGGUCUUUGCAGGCUGGAACAAGCUGCCUCCCCCCAGCAGGAUGAUGGCUGAGGUUUUGAAGAGGAAGCCAGCAGUCAAAAGGAACCCGUCCGAGAGGGAGAACCUGAAGAUGAGUUUCAUCAGCUACGUGGACAAAAUCGCUGCGUGCGCCGGUGUCAAACCCAGCGUGCUGCGGCUGCUGCUGACAGAUCCCAAGCUGGGCCUGGCCAUCUUCUUUGGGCCCUGCUCCCCCUACCAGUACCGGCUGCAGGGCAGGGGCAGCUGGAGCGGGGCCAGAGCUGCCGUCCUCACCCAGUGGCAGCGCUCUCUGCGGCCCCUGAGGACGCGAGUGCUGCGUGACAGCUCCAGCAGCUCCUGGGGAUGGAGCUGGAUGUGCCUCCUGGUUCUGCCAGCAGCUCUCACUGCAGCUUGGCUCUGCUCCAAACACCCCCAGGCAGGCUGGAGCCCCCGGCUGUAG